AUGACCGUCAGGAAUGUGGGCAUCGUCUUUGCUCCGACGCUGAACAUACCCGCCCCGGUGUUUUCAAUGUUCCUCACCGAUUUUGAGGAGAUUUUCGACGAUGUGCCGGAGUCCUAUGAAGAGAAAGCUGUUGAGCUAACGGUGGACAACUCGCUAACACCAGAGGACAUUCGAUCUCCGAGACACCAGAUGUUUUCUGACAUCCCUACACCUGCACCUAACCAAGUGACUUUUCCAAGGUCUGGUGACCGUCCUGAGGAGUAUAGCAUGCAGCAAGAUACCGGCUUCAUCCCAAUGCAGCCGAGCUAUGAUGCCUUUGGCCAGGGCAGACCAGAGAACCACAACCCUGCCCCGGCGGCCGUAAGCAGAAUGCUGGCGCCGGAGUCGGACAACGCUCGCUCAACCAAGGCGAAACGACGGGAAAGCAACAUUUUAUUUAUGGAAUUCAAUGAUGACGCCCCUCCGCCCACCUAUGGGCAAUGA